CUUUAAUGAUUCCAUGAUUCUGUGAGACUUGCAGCAUGUCAUGGAUGAGGCAAGUGCAGCCCCAAGGUCCAGGCACAGCUGGAACAGACCCCCUGCCCAUCAGUGAAGCCGACACUGCUUGAUAGCAGACAUAGAUUUCUUCCUACGAUGUUCCCCAGAUCCCAAUACUCUUGGCAUUCCUCACACUGCAGACAUGACACAUCCCUACCCCUUACAGAACAGGGCGUUAAGGGUUUCUGGGAACCGGGCUCUGACUCCUCGCAAAUGGAGGACGGAUGUGCCCCAAAGCCCUCCUACACGAUACCAACAGCUGUGCAUUCAGCAGACCUGCUGGUUAAUGAUCUUGCCCAUAAGUAAUGUUUUAACCAUAGAGUAGCUUUUGUUUGCUUCAGAAGCCACAAAGCCAAAGAGGAAGUGGAGGAGAACGUGGGCAGGAUGGUGGCCAACAGCCUCAUGACCUCAGCUUGUUCCGCUGCGCAGGGAUUGGUGGCUGCUCUCUGGGACAGGGUUUAAAUUCCCCACGGGUGCAGAUGCCAGGCAGUCAGGGACAAGGGGACAAAGCCAGAGCCUCUCAGCCCACAGUAGGAGCUGCUGCUGGGAUUGCCGGAGCCCCUUUGAGCAGCUGACUUCUCCAGCACAGGAAAGGUAAAACAUCACAAUGAAGGUGGCACUUCUUUGCUUGUACUUUAUCAGCAUCGCUGCUGCAUGGCCAGUGAGCAAAUCCAAGCAGCAUGCCAUUUCUGCCAGCUCUGAAGAAAAAUACGACCCCAGGAGCCAUCACGCACAAAGGUACCACCAGGACCACGUGGAUUCUCAGUCUCAGGAGCACCUGCAGCAGUCACAGAAUGACCUGGCUUCACUUCAGCAGACUCUUUACUCUUCAGAAGAAAAUGCUGAUGUCCCGGAACAGCCGGACUUUCCUGACAUUCCUAGCAAGAGCCACGAGGCCGUGGAUGAUGAUGAUGAUGACAACAAUGAUUCCAAUGACACUGAUGAGUCUGAUGAGGUCGUCACAGACUUCCCCACAGAGGCACCCGUGACACCUUUCAAUCGUGGGGACAACGCAGGCCGGGGUGACAGUGUGGCCUAUGGGUUCAGGGCCAAGGCCCACGUGGUGAAGGCGAGCAAGCUCCGCAAAGUUGCCAGGAAGCUCAUCGAGGACGAUGCCACCGAGGAGGUCGGGGACAGCCAGCCAGUGGGCCUCUGGUGGCCCAAGGAGAGCCGCGAACAGGAGAGCCGUGAGCUGGCCCAACACCAGAGCGUGGAGAACGACAGCCGGCCAAAAUUUGACAGCCGUGAGGUGGACGGAGGUGACAGCAAGGCCAGCGCUGGGGUGGACAGCAGGGAGAGCCAGGGCAGCGUGCCCGCCGUCGACACCAGCAACCAGACGCUAGAGAGCGCUGAGGAUGCCGAAGAUCGCCACAGCAUUGAAAACAAUGAGGUCACCCGUUAAGCGGAAUCCAUGCGUUGCUUCUUUUUUGUAAUUUCUGUGCUAGCGCAGGGCUGGGGGAAGGAGGAGAGCCAUAGCGGUGUGUGUUUGUAAAUGUGGAGCGUGUGGCGGUGCUUACGUCGAGGCACCGUGGUGCCAUUGAGCCGUACCGAGACGGGGCGAGCGCUGCCUGCGGGGAUGCUGCGCGUCCUGCUGCUCCUGUGUAUAUUUUGUAACCGGAUUGAAAUAAAAACACAAAAACCUC